CUUAUUUUUCUGGUUGACAGUUAUCAGCAUUUUUUUAAAAUAUAUUAUAAUGGCCAUUGGCCACCCGGUUAAAGUACUGAGAGUUAGGUGUCGCGUCAUUAUUACCAAACAGUGAAGAAGUUUCCCUGAUUGGAGCAAAAAGUACAUAUUAAUUAUGUCAUAUGUGAGUCCAUGGCAAGUUCUUAAUUUCUGAAAUUAAAUUUAUGUUGGCGGUCUGAAAAGAAAAUUUAAACCUAGUAAUAACUUGUCAGGAUCUCUUUUCAAACUUCCUUAAUUCAUUCUUAUGGUCCCCAUGACUUUGUGAGAAACAGAUCAUUUUUACUGGUAUUUGCAGCCCAAGAACUUGAAUACCCAAAUCUCUGCUUGUUGUCAAUGGCUAGAAUGAGUAGAUUACUUCGUAUUCUAGUUGCUAUGGCUGCAGUGUGUUCCAUUGCCUUUGCUGAAGGGCAAAACCAGUUUAUCUACAAUGGUUUUCAUGGAGUCGAUCUGAAUCUUAGUGGAAUUGCUAAAGUCCAAAAUGGCCUGUUGGAGUUAACAAACAUUUCAUAUCAACAGUUUGGUCGUGCUUUCUUUCCUUUGCCCAUCAAGUUCAAUUCAUCCGAUUCUCUGUCGUUUUCUACAAGCUUCGUCUUUGCCAUGGUCCCCGAGUUUCCCAAACUCGGCGGCCAUGGCCUUGCCUUCAUUAUCUCACCAUCUCCGGAGUUCGUGGGAGCUGUAGCAAGCCAGUAUUUUGGUCUUUUCAAUGCUACAAGCAAUGGCCUCUCAACCAACCAUGUGUUUGCAAUAGAACUGGAUUCUAUCAAAAGCCCUGAGUUUGGAGAUAUUGAUGACAACCAUGUUGGAAUUGAUGUCAACAACUUGCGGUCUAAUGCAUCAGCUCCAGCAAGUUAUUAUUCAGACAAGGAAGGGGAAAAUAAGACCCUGGAGCUCAUAAGUGGAAAGCCAAUUCAAUUGUGGAUAGAUUAUGAUGAAGGAGAUAUGCUACUUCAAGUAAGACUAGCUCCUCUUAAAACCAAGAAACCAAGCCAGCCUCUUUUGUCAGCAAGGCUUGAUCUUUCUGAAGUAUUCUUGGAAUCCAUGUAUGUCGGUUUCUCUGCAUCUACUGGGGCAAUGGCAAGUAAUCAAUACAUUCUUGGAUGGAGCUUCAAUAAAAGUGGACAAGCACAAGGCCUUGACUACUCCAAAAUUCCUUCUCCACCCCAUCCUAGAGAAUCUGGGAAGAAACUAGAUUUCAGGAUCAUGGUUCCAUUGGUAAUUAUGAGUCUUCUGGUUAUAAUAGUCAUUGGAGCCGCUUACAACACAUGGAGGAAGAAAUAUGAAGAAAUAAGAGAAGACUGGGAACAGGAAUAUGGUCCUCAGAGGUUCUCUUAUAGGGAUCUUUAUAAAGCAACUAAAGGUUUCAAAGAAAGAGAACUCCUUGGAGUUGGUGGUUUUGGAGGGGUUUACAAAGGAAUAUUACCUUCUUCCAAAGAAGAAGUUGCAGUCAAAAGGAUCUCCCACAAUUCAAAGCAAGGGAUGAAGGAAUUUGUAGCUGAAAUUGCUAGCAUGGGAAGGCUAAGUCAUAGAAACGUGGUGCAGCUCCUAGGCUAUUGCAGGAGGAAGGGAGAGCUUCUCUUGGUCUACGAUUUCAUGCCCAAUGGAAGUCUUGAAAAGUUCUUAUUUACCAAUGAAAAACUGAACCUUAAUUGGGCUCAAAGAGUUCAAAUCCUUAAAGGAGUAGCAUCAGCACUUCUUUACCUUCAUGAAGAAUGGGAUCAAGUUGUGAUUCAUAGAGAUAUAAAGGCUAGCAACAUUCUACUAGAUGCACAUCUUAAUGGAAGAUUGGGAGAUUUUGGGCUAGCUAAAUUCUAUGACCAUGGCACUAAUCCUCAAACCACCCUUGUGGUCGGCACUCUGGGAUACAUUGCACCAGAGCUGGCUAGAACAGGUAAGUCCACAACCAGUUCUGAUGUGUUUGCUUUUGGCAACUUAAUGCUGGAAAUAGCUUGUGGAAGAAAAUCUUUAGAACCAGAAAGACUGCCUGAAGAAAUAAUUUUGGUCGACUGGGUUCUUGAAUGCUGGAAAACUGGCAUGAUUCUUCAGACAAGUGACCCAAGAUUGGAAGGUAACUAUGUGGAGACAGAAAUGGAAUUGAUAUUGAAGCUGGGUUUGUUGUGUGCACACCCUACACCAGCAACAAGGCCUAGCAUGAGGAAAGUAGUACAAUAUUUGGAUGGGAAUGCCACCUUGCCAGAGGUGCUACUUGAUGAUGCCAGUAAUAGUCUGGUUACAGAUACUCAUCAAAUAUCUGUCAAUGAUAUGUCAUUUCCUGCAUCAUUUGACAACAUUUCUACCUUUUCCAUGUCUAGUGUAACUGAUUCCAUUCUCAGCUAUGGUCACUGAAUCAUUAUUUUUCAAAGCUCAAUACAUUAAGCUUAAGACUGAGAGGCCUCUAAUCGGGCUUAGCUGAUGUGAAUGUGAUCAGGGCGGCAGGGUUGUAGAUAGAGACCUCAAGUUCCAACCCUAGUGCUUUCCUCUUGUAUCAAAAGAUGAAAGAGUGUUGCUUGUGUACGACGUAGGUAGAGAAAAUUGAAGGCCAAGAUUUAUAUCCCUUUUGCUACAGGUUAUGUACAUCCCUGUGUUAACAUCACCAGUACCACGUACUUAAUCUAGUUAAACUGCAUACUGCUAGUCUGUAUAAUCUAGUUAAACUGCAUACUGCUAAUCUGUAUAAUGUUCCUAUCAAUAAUUGUAUGGUUUGGUUGCCUCACCUUAUAUGAUCAGUUCAGCCCACAGAUUAUGAAAUGAAAUCCCCAUUUCCAGAUUUCAUUUCCAUGGUUUUCAUAUUUCAAGAGUUCUAGAGAAUCCUUAAGUCUUCCGUAGCCAACAAGGUCCAUGACGACGACGUUAAACCAGUCGUAAUAAUUUAUAAUUUAUGACAACAAUAGGAAAAUGCAGAUUUAGUGCAAAUUGUUCUGGUUGAGACCUUGGCUGGGACCAUGUUGAAGCUUUGAUAAUAGACCACCAUAACUUAUUUACUAUUUGAUUGGACGUCAUCCAAGUAAUUCAGGCGCAUUUGUUUUGCAUUGGCAAAAUAGUCUUUGAAACUUCGAGCACAUGGGUUGAUUUUGUCAUA